AUGUCCGCCCGCAGGAAACGAAUUGCUGCUAUAGGCGCUAUGGCUCCGCCACCAGUGCCCAUCGCUGACUACAUCGCCGCCGCCGGGGGCUCCCAACAACCCCUACCCCCAUCCUCCAUCGCCGUCAUCUUUCAGAACCUCCCAAGGACCGGAAAUGGCUCCCCCGGGCCCGAUUUCCUGCAGCAGCUAUUUGCGGAAGUGAUCUCCCACGAGGUCACUGACCCGACCGGGAGCUCGUCCCUAGAAGAUACGCUCUUGGUCAAUUAUAAAGUGAUCACGGCGGUCGUGGAUGCCGGUGUCAGCGUCCUGCUGCGAGAAGACCCCUUUGCCCCCACUCAAAAUCUAACCGAGCAAGCAAGUAAUAGUCUCUUGGUCCUACGUUUGACCAUCAAGGAGACGCCCCUGGUACUGUUUAGGCCGCCACCGGAUUCUACCACCGAGUCGGAACAGCCGUUGUUGUAUCUUUGGUUGCUGUCCAAGUUACUCCCGCUUCUUGGGCAUAGACCCGCCGAACCGCUUGUGCAGGAGCUGCUUGAAACCAUUUAUGCCAUCUUUUAUGCGGCUGCAAGCCUGCCCAGGGAAUGGAAGAGCGUCAUGGUUAUGGUGGGGUAUUUUCGGAGCUGUGUGAAUUGUAAUCAUUUCUCUCUCUCUCUUUCCUUUUCCUUUUCCUUCUAUUCUUUCCCUUUCUUGCUCUGCUUCACCCCCGCGAGAACGUGUUUAUCAACAUCAUAAUAAAACUUGAAACUAAUCUUCGCGAACUGUGAAAUUCCUUGAAAUGCUAAAGGUAUCCUCGAGUCUUUCCAGAAGGCGCCCGCCAUAACCGCUGCCCUAUCCAAGUCCUACAGACUUGAGUUACCGGAUAAGGGCUUUACCGUUGAUCCCUUAAUGCUACCGGAGGGUUUCAAGCACUUUUCCCGCCAGAUGGUUAGUUUUGUUAUUCGGGAUGCCGACCACGCGGCCUUUUUGGUUGUCCAUCUGUUUUCUGCGAUCUCUGCGUUGCCUGCCCAGAGUAGUGAUAUACCGGCAUUCAGAAGCGCCUCAGAUAGCUUGAUAUAUUUUGUACAGGAGAUGCAGAAUCUCUGGAUGAGCCUUAACACCUGGGAGUCUCUCCCGGCGUUGUAUGAGAGAGUGGGCACAAUCCGGCUAAGGAUAUUGGAGACGCUAGCGAAUUCCCUAGGGGAUGUCGUGAAGACGCGCUAUGGAAGAAGCAGGAUUAAGGGUGUUUGUUUACUUGCUAUCCACUGUGUUGGCGAUGUCUUGACCAAGUCGAUAUCUCAGAUAAACCAGAGUGCAGAGAAUACCUUGGCAAAGAUAAUUUUAGGGCUGCUAUGCGCUGCAGAGGUUUCUGCCACCAUCCAUAAGGCAUUGCGAGAGAGAGUAUACCCUCCAAUCAUCUUGAUUAUGAGUGAUAGGGAAGGGGGUAGCUGGGGGCUAUUGACAGAAGAUCUUCGGGCAUGUACGCCAAACCUAGCACCGAUGAGUGCAUUUGGCUAACCUGACCGGGAAUAGGUGGUGAUGCUUCGAUUGGCCGUUGGUUUCGCCGAUGACCCAGUAAUCCUAGAGCGCGCAAAUAAGUGUCUUCAAUUAGCCACUGGGGGUGGAUGGGUAUUCAAAGAUGAGAAACUGCGACAGUUCUCGGAACAUCCCCACACAAUCGGAGACACCAAACCCGGGGAAGAACUAGACAAUAACAUUGGCCCUCGAAAGCGACCCAGACUAUCCAAAGGCGAGCCCGGUACCGAAGCCCGCACUCUAACAUUCGAUGUGUAUAAACUGCUCGGGCACCAAGACGCAGAUGACCUCCAGGGGCUAAGUCUUGUCGCUGCCGAAGGCUUUAAAAGGCUGGGAGAAGAAGAACGCUGUACAGCCCUAAAGUCCCUCGGUUUCCUAUCAUGCGCACUCGCUGGAACGCUUGCCCGGGUAUCCGAAUCAUUCGGCGCGCAAAGGGGCUUCAAUUUGUAUAAGUGUUCAUACUGCGAUGCAGAUACUCUGCAGGCGACGGCAUCGGGGAGGAGCUGUUCCCAGGGGGGUGAGGAGCUGUUUAAGACUCUGGACGUAAUUCAAAAACUCGAGGAAUUUCAGGCAUCAACCUCUGUUCGUGUGUGGGCCAUGAUCAGCCUCCGACGGUUGUUGAAUCAUACGCAGGACUUGGCAAGGUUGGAUCUAGCAGAGACGGCGAUGGGGAAGUGGUGUUUGAAUGCUUUGCAAAGUUCUAGGAGGCUUUUGAGGGUUGCUGCUGGGUAUGUUGUAUUACCUUCAAUAAGUUAUUGUUGUUUGGAAGCUGGUUUUGCUGACGUUUGUGUGCUCAAGGCGUACCUUACCGUCGUAUGUUAGCUUUAAAGACGGCCAAGAGCUUCUUCGGAUGAAUCGGAUUAUGAUUAUCGAGUUCUUGAGGACGUUGUCCGACAAUGAUGAGGGGCAGCUUCAAGAGACCUGUGUGUUAGCGUGGAGUCAAUUCGGAAGGUAUGUGCCUUAAUAGCUUUUCUCUUUCCGUAUGGGUUAUGGGUGCCCCGUGCCUAAGCUAACUGAUUCACAGGGUGUCAUCUGAUGAAGAACUAAACCUCGCGCUAAUCCGGCUGGUGGAGUACCUCGGGCACAGUAACUCGUUCAUUCUUGGAUUGGCUUUUAACGAGGUGGGUAGUCCCUUGGACGCGUUGAUAUGCAGUCACAUUGACGGGUUUAGAUUCAAUCAUUGGCUCGAACGCACGGCAUCUCACCCGGUAAAAUGUUUUCGCCGUUCUGGCCCAGCAUCAGCGUCGGCGUAGUCAAGCAGCUCCAAUCGAAACCUCAGAUAGCCCAAUUGCUAUCGGAAGUAGUCGGAAUGGAGCUCUCGGAUUUUUUGAAGACGACGCAGGGCUACACUGUACCAUAUCUCAUCCUCUGGAAGAGGCCAGAGCUCGUCGAGAGGGUUGCCCAAGCUUGCAAGACAGAUGUGGUGUCUCUGGCAUUGUCGAAUAUGGCGCACAUAUUAGCUCUACUUCUAACACAGGAAGCCGACAAUGUCGAGGCGUUUACGUUGCAUUUGCUGGCGCACGCUACUGCUGAGUUUAAAGAUAUAUCGCUGGGGGAGAUUGCCAGGCCUGAUGCGAUGUCUCUCGCUACAGAACUGCUAAAGGCUGCUGUGGAUGCGGAUGAAGACAGGAAAGUUAGGGUUUGCAUAUACGCCUUCGGUUCGAUAAUUCCGAGAGAUGGUAGCUGAUACCUAGCGGCAGAUCUUCCAUGCGUUGCGACUCGUGGCGACACUGACAUAUAAAAAAGUGGCGGGCUCAAGGAGAAAUAAGGUCGACCACUUAGAAGUAUUCUUUGAGACGAACGUCCUUGGUAUAUUCGCUACUUUUAAUGAUUAUCUGAAGGAUAUCAAGGGAAAGUUAUCAACCCCAGAGAAAAUUCGAAUCAUGAGGGCGAUUGAAGAAAUGGUGAAGCUAGCUAGAGGCAGCGUUAGCAGUGCAGUACCACAGGUGCAUUCUGAUUUCCAUUUGUCCAAUAUCGGGAGAAAUGCUGAUUAAUUGAUUACUUGAAGAUAUGUGCCUGCUUACAAGAGGCGUUGGAAUUCGAGCCAUUGAGAGCUAGUGCAUUUUCGGCUUGGACUGUUAUGAUGAGAGUCCUAGAACCCACUGAAACCGCGCCUUUGUUGGGUCAAACAUUCUCCGUAGUCCUGCGGUACUGGGAUAGCCUUGAGCAGGUUUCUCAGACUAAAGCAGUGGAAAUGAUAAAAGAGUUGUUCGAGAAGACCGGCGUCAUCAAGCAAAGUCUAGACAUCAUACCUUCGCUAGCAGCGAUACCAAUUCUCGCUCCAUUCGAGGAGAGACUUAAGGCAGUGCGAACCCUGGAGAUACGAGAUCAUUAUCACUUGCUAGCCCGCCGAUGCCGACAUGAGAACGUAUCUGUCGUCGAGCAGGCGUUAGCAGAGCUUUCCGAGUUUCUGAAGAAACACCAGGACUUUAUACACACGGCGGCCAUCAACGAACAGCCCGACGUAGCGGUUCCUGAGUUGAUCCGGACUCUCCUUGACGUGAUUGUUGCCUUUAAGGACUCGAAUUCGUCCUCGAAGCCUAGGAUUGAACACCUAUGUGCAGAGUGCUUGGGUCUCAUUGGGGCGGUGGAUCCUAACCGAGUAGAGGCCCCACGGGAAAAGCGGGACAUGAUGGUUCUGCACAACUUCAAUCGUGCGGACGAGAGUAUUGCAUUUGUAAUUUUUUUUCUUGAAGAGAGGCUCGUAAAGGCGUUCUUGUCUGCGACAGAUACAAAAGCUCAGGGAUUCCUUGCCUUCGGAAUGCAAGAACUGUUAAAGUUCAUUGACGUAGAGUCUACAGUUAUCCUACGAUCCCGCCAUGAUGGCCCCGGCCCCAUAGCGCAGACAGGCCAGCGGAGAUGGGACUCCUUUAGCCAAACGGCCAAAAGCAUACUCACACCCUUCUUGAGGUCGAGGUAUUCUCUACAGAUCAAUAACUCUGUACAGCCCUGCUCGUAUCCGGUGUUUUCACUCAAAAUCACUCACCGUGCCUGGCUUACGAAGUGGUUGUUGGACUUACUUUCCAAGUCGACGGGGGAUAAUGCGGCGAACAUAUUCACGGUUUGUAAGUCUAUUGUCAAGGGACAGGAUAUCUCAAUCUCAAUGUUUUUGCUACCGUAUGUUACGCUGAACGUCAUUAUUAGUGGGACGGAUCUGGAUAGGGGGAAUAUUGUCAAGGAGCUUCACGCUGUCCUUGCGCCGGCACCCAAGAAUGCAUUGGAGAAACCGAUGGCUCGGGAGACCUUGAGACAGUGUAGUGAUGUGAGUAUCCCUUUCUCCAUCGGUGCCACAAACCGGAGACAGACUCACGGUGGCUAUUGGUAUAGACCGUAUUCCAACUCGUCGACCACUUAACUCGCUGGCUCCGCGACAAAAAGCAAUUCAACCUAAAUAUGAAAAACCAACAAGCCAGACAACAGAACAGAAGCUUGGCUCCCGAUGAAAUAUAUGACCAAGACAUUGCAAUAGCGCGGGUAGAAGAUGUCAUCUCCGCCAUCCCAUCAGACACCAUGAGUUUGCGGUCCGUCGAAUGUAAUUCAUACGCACGAGCGCUCUUCUAUUGGGAGCAACACAUAAGGAAAGUGAGGGUUGCGAAGGAAGAGGUGCCAAUGGAUCCGUUGUACGAGCAGCUUCAACGUAUUUAUACGCAGAUCGACGAGCCCGAUGGUAUCGAAGGGAUUUCCACAAAGCUGCACGUCCUCAAUUUUGACCAGCAGAUACUUGAACAUAGGAAGGCUGGGCGAUGGACCGCGGCGCAGAGUUGGUAUGAGAUUCUUUUGAGCGAGAAACCUGAUGAUCCUGAGGCGCAGAUAAACCUUCUGGAUUGCUUGAGGGAGUCUGGACAACACGGUGAGUUCCACCCCAUACCACGAAUGUAUCAUGCUGACUGAGUCCCCAGAAAUGCUCUUAAGCCAAACUGAAGGCAUGAUGGAAAAAUACCCCAACACCCGACCUAGAAUCCUACGCUAUGCAGUCGAGGCAGCUUGGAUAUCCGGUAAAUGGGAUGUCCUUGAGAGAAACCUUGCGAAAUCCAAUGAGCACACAGAGAACCUCUAUGAACUUAGGGUUGGUAACGCCCUACGUGCUCUGCGUAGACGUGACAGUGGGACAUUUGCGAAAGCAAUCUCUCUAGCCCGGGAGUGUGUUCUGAGUGGGUUAACGGAGUCUUUUACGGGCUCCCUGCGCCAAUGUCACGAGUCCAUGGUUAAGUUACAUGCGCUGUCGGAGCUUGAAGAGAUUAGCACUGCAUUGGCAAGUAAGGAUUUUGGGAAGGAUGUGCUUGCGUCGAAUCUUCGGCGGCGCUUGGAUGUCUUGGGGACGUACUCAAAGGAUAAACAGCAUCUUUUGGCUCUAAGAAGAGCGGCAUUUGUUCUUUCCAGGUGAUGUCAUUUUCUGUCGACCUUAAUUUCUGUUGGUUUAUCUAACGCAUUUGUAGCGCUCCUGAACUUGUUACGGACAGUAUUGCCUCUACCUGGCUCAUAGGAGCGCGUUUAGCACGAAAGAAUGGUCAGAUCCCUCAAUCGUUUAAUUCGGUACUUCACGCCUCCCGGCUUGGUGCUCCGCUUGCGACGGUUGAGCAUGCCAAGUUACUAUGGCUCGGUGGGCAACACCGAAAGGCAAUUUCGAAUCUUGAAGGGGCAAUUAACUCCAACCUUCUCCAGGGAAGCUCCCAGGAACAACUUCAUGAUUCUAGCGUUCAUAAUUCGGGUGUUCACCCACAACCUCAGAGCUAUGUCAUGGCAAAGGCUUCACUUUUGCUUGCUCGAUGGCUAGACGGUGCUGGCCAGACGCACUCCACCGAGAUCGUCUCCAAAUACUGCACUGCCAAGGAUUCGCAUGUGAGAUGGGAGCAAGGACAUUACUACCUCGGACGGCACUACAACAAGUUGUACGAAGCUGAAAAGGCACUCCCGCCGAUUAAGCAAACGCAGCCAUUCUUAUCUGGCGAGUACGCAAGACUGGUCUGCCAGAAUUACUUGCGUGCCCUGAUGUUCGGGACGAAAUAUAUCUUCCAAACAAUGCCCAAGCUUCUCACUCUCUGGCUCACAUUGGGAGAGAUCGUAGACCAGACCAUCGACACCAAAUAUGGCAACGAGGAAUUCCGCAGCCAUAUACAGAGAGAACGCGGCAAGUGCUUGAAACUCCUGCACAGUUCCAUAAAGAGAUACAGCGAGCGCUUACCCCCCUGGGUAUUCCUCACCGCCCUUCCACAAAUGCUCUCCCGGAUUGCCCACUCCCAAGAAUCGGUCUACGAGCUGUUGCAUGGCAUCAUCGUCAAAGUAGUCGCUGGAAAUCCGCAGCAGGCACUAUGGUCCCUCACGGCGGUCUGCAGGUCCACUGCCCGAGACAGGGCCAGCCGUGGCUUGCGCAUCAUGAACCACCUAAAAGACACCUUGACCAAAAGCCGGGACGAAAGCGGUCUAGACGUAAGAAGCCUAAUCCUCCAAGCGAACAAAUUGACGGACCAGCUCUUGCACAUUUCCAAUGUCGAGUUGCUAGGCUUGAAGGCUCCCACAACCAUCACUAUUAAGGAGCAUGGCUUCAAUCACAAAUGCGCGCCUUGUGCGCUUGUGGUGCCCACGCAGGUUAUGCUUGCGGUUACGCUCCCGUCUGUUCCGGAUACUAUAAAGACGCACUCACCGUUCCCGAGCCACCUGCCCACUAUUUUGAGUAAGCUUAAUCCAUUCCUUUUGCGCGUUUUGACGACUGGCCGACUAAUAUGCGUUGCAGGCAUCGAGGAGGAGGCCGAUGUCAUGAAUUCUUUGCAGAAGCCGAGAAAGAUCAAGAUCCGGGGCACUGAUGGAAGGCUUUACGGCUUCUUAUGCAAGCCGAAGGACGACUUGCGUAAAGAUGCGCGCUUGAUGGAGUUCAAUAGUAUGAUCAAUAGGUUCUUGAAGAAGGAUCCUGAUUCCAGCCGACGUCGGAUGUGUGCGUUCUCGAUUCACUCUUCAUCCUUGUAUAUAGAGCCCCGCUGACAAUUCCGAUGCAGACAUCAGAACAUACAGCGUCACCCCCCUAAAUGAAGAAUGUGGACUAAUCGAAUGGGUAAACGGCGUCCGGACGUUGCGCGAGAUAUUGCUCACCUACUACAAAUCUAAGAAAAUGAUCGUAGAUGUACGUUCCCCCCUUCCUUCUUCCCUUCCUUCCCCGCCCACAAAUGACUAACAAGUGCACAAAGUACCCCAAGAUCCGCCAGCGCCUCGAAAUCAACUGCUCGCAGGCCACAAGAAUGGCCACCUUCACUGAUGAAAUCCUCCCCAAAUUCCCCCCAGUCUUCCACGAAUGGUUCGCGGAACUCUUCUCCGAGCCCUCGGCAUGGCUCGCCAGCCGACUCGCCUACUCGCGCACGUCGGCCGUGAUGUCGAUGGUCGGGUACGUGCUGGGGCUCGGCGACCGGCACGGCGAGAACAUCCUCUUCGACGAGUCUACGGGCGACACGUUGCACGUCGACUUCAACUGCCUCUUCGACAAGGGCCUGUCCUUCGAGAAGCCGGAAAAGGUGCCCUUCCGCUUGACACAGAACAUGGUGGACGCGCUUGGCGUCACCGGUUACGAGGGCGUGUUCCGCAGGACGUGCGAGAACGCCAUGAGGGUGCUCAGGAUCAACGAGGAUACCCUCCUCACGUUGCUCGAGACGUUCAUACACGAUCCCGCCGUAGACAUGGUCAAGAAGGUCAGGAGGAAGCCGGCCAACGCCAAGAUUCCAGAUACGCCGAAGGCUGUGCUCGAGAGCAUCCGGAGUAAGCUGCAGGGGUUGUAUAGGGAUGAGACGAUGCCGUUGAGCGUUGAAGGGCAGGUGGAGCAGUUGCUGCGGGAGGCGGUUGAUCCGGCGAAUCUAAGCGCCAUGUAUAUCGGUUGGUGCGCUUUCUUUUAA